CUCGGCCAUGGGGCAUUUUCUGGUCCAUCUUGGACAUUAAAGUGUCCGCGACCCGCUCUACGUCAAAGUGCCCCUUCGAACACCGUAAAUCGCUUCGGUGGCCCAUCUGUGGUAGGCCACACCGACUCCCCGCCAAAAUGACACCCUAGGGUUUCAAAGCCCCCGCCAAAAAAAAAAAAAAAAAAAACCGCUGAGGUCCGGGGCUCCAACUCGAGUGAUCGAGUGUGAAAUCGAGCAUUGGAUGGCGGAAGAGAGAAACAUCGAGAUCCAAGUCCGAAGCCUCGACGGCGAAUCGGCCACCGUUUCCGUCUCUCCUGACUGUUCGAUCAAAGACAUCAAAUCACUGCUCAUGGAAUCAUUCCUUCCCGCCAAAAACUCCCCGAAUUUCCAUCUCUUCUGCAAGGGUGCGAAAAUGAACAUGGAGAGCCAGAUAAACAACUAUCCAGUCAUACAAAAUGAAUUCAUAGUUCUUGUACCUUUCACUAAGAAAAACCGAAUUCCAAAACAUUCUGAACUGUCUAAACAAAGCAUGGCCCAACCAUCAGAAUGUUCAGACAGCUGCACGGCUUCGUUUGCAGAUUCGGCAUGGUCGGAUAUAAUGCAAGAUCUUUCUUCUCUAUCUGGCAUCUCAUCGAAUGGAGUUGAACCCAGAUUAGAUUCAAAUGCUAUAAACAUGAAAGAAAGGAACCUGGCAACAGGUGAAAGCUCUAAUGUAAAUCAGAGCUCGACUUCUUUACCUGCAAAUUCGGCACAACCAGACAUAAUGCGCAACUGGUCAUCUUUAGAUUCAGAUGAUGUAAACAGAGAGGGAACAGAUGUUGCAAUCGGCGAGAGAUCCAACCCCAGUUCUUUGAAUGCGAAACGUAAGAGGGGUUCGAGUCAGGACGGAUGGGAAGGGCGUAAACAUGACUUGCUUCGUGAUAUUCUGUGUUUGAAGAAUGAAGAUUUUCUCAGCAAACAGAAUUGUGGAAGAGUCUGUCAGGUUUUGGAGUCGGUGAAUUGUUUAUCUGAUUCAAAGUCAGCUAACUGUUUGUUGUUUCAAGAACUCUAUGGAAAUUCUUCUCUAGAUUCUGAUACAAAAAGGUGCAUGUGUCCGCCAUGGUUGAAGACAACGUUGAAGACCUUUACUUUCUUAAACAUCUUCUCUGGGUUUCUGCAAAUGCGUAGUGAAUAUGUCACCUGGAAUCGGUUAAAGGGAGCAGUGGAGAGGCUCAGUGGUUGUGGAAUCAAGGAAGUUAGUAUUGCAGACAUGGAGCAGCUUUCACUUCUUUGCCCAAAGGUAGUAAUGGUCGGUGAUCGAGAUAGUGCGGUAAGCAAAUUGUGUGAUACCAUCGCCAUUGUUGAUUCUUCAGUGGAGUUGGAAGAUGAAUGCAAAUCUGCAAAAAAUUCUAGGACUGGUGGAAAGCAAUUAUCUACCCUGGCAAUUGUCAAUGCUAUAAAGAAACGUGAGAAGGCUUUCAAAACAGAUAUAUGGAACCCUAUCAAAUUGUUCAUGGGUAAAGCAAUGUCCGGAAGCGGGAUUCCUGUUUUAUUUUCUUGUGAAAACCUGCUUAUAUCUAUGAAGACUAGCAGUUCUAGUUCAAAGAGUAGUGAAGUAAAACGUGCAAGGAUGAGAAAAGGUUCUCAUUUGGUCCAGCAAAGAUGCAAGGACACAAGCGCGUUGCUUCCGGUGGAAAUGGUCGAGCAUCUUAGAAAGGGCAUUGGAUCGGAGGGACAGAUUGUCCAUGUUGAAGAAAUUGAUGCAAGAAAGGCCGUUUAUGCAGAACUCCCACAUGAUCUCUUGGAAACAACAAAGGCAGCACUUGAAGGGAUGGGUAUCUCCAGGUUAUACAGUCAUCAGGCAGAGUCAAUUCGGGCUUCACUCUCUGGCAAGAAUGUUGUUGUGGCAACAUCAACUUCUAGUGGGAAGUCUCUUUGCUACAACCUGCCAGUUUUGGAAGCACUGUCUCAGGAUUCACUAUGUUGUGCUCUAUAUUUGUUUCCCACAAAGGCUUUAGCUCAAGAUCAGCUGAGAGCUUUGUUAGGGAUGACAAAGGGAUUGGGUAUCAAUUUAAAUAUUGGAGUCUACGACGGUGACACUUCUCAAGAAGAUCGGAGAUGGCUCCGAGAUAAUGCUAGACUGUUGAUUACAAACCCGGAUAUGUUACACAUGUCAGUCUUGCCAUAUCAUGGACAAUUCCAGCGGAUUUUAUCAAAUCUCAGGUUUGUCAUCAUUGACGAAGCCCAUGCAUAUAAGGGUGCAUUUGGAUGUCAUACUGCUCUUAUAAUGAGGCGGCUCCGCCGUAUCUGUUGCCAUGUGUACAGUAGUGAUCCGUCCUUUGUAUUUUCUACUGCAACCUCUGCAAAUCCUCGGGAGCAUGCUAUGGAGCUUGCCAACCUCCAGAUGUUGGAACUGAUUGAAAAUGAUGGAAGUCCUUGUGGUCCAAAGAUCUUUCUCCUGUGGAAUCCUCCACUAUGUUUAAAGAAUUUUCCUAGCAGCAUGAAUGGAAGCAAAUCUGCAGAUACAGAAGCUGUUGCUAGACGUUCGAGUCCGAUUUUGGAAGCUUCUUGCCUCUUUGCAGAAAUGAUUCAGCAUGGACUCCGUUGCAUUGCUUUUUGUAAAACACGCAAGCUCAGUGAGCUUGUUCUAUGCUACACGCGUGAGAUUCUUCGGGAGACUGCACCCCAUUUGGUUGAUUCUAUCUGUGCCUAUCGUGCUGGCUACAUUGCUCAGGAUAGGAGGAGAAUAGAGGCUGAUUUUUUCGGUGGAAAGCUUCGAGGGGUUGCUGCAACAAAUGCACUUGAACUCGGGAUUGAUGUUGGACAUAUUGAUGCAACUCUGCAUCUUGGUUUUCCUGGCAGCAUUGCCAGCUUGUGGCAGCAAGCUGGGAGAGCUGGGAGAAGAGAAAGACCGUCUUUGGCAGUAUAUGUUGCGUUUGAAGGACCCCUGGAUCAGUAUUUCAUGAAAUUUCCACAUAAACUCUUUAGGAGCUCAAUUGAGAGUUGUCAAGUUGAUUCUCAUAAUCAGCAGGUGCUCGAACAGCAAAUUGCAUGUGCCGCUCUUGAACACCCACUGAGUUUGGUAUACGACGAGAAGUAUUUUGGUUCUGGACUGGAUAGUGCAAUAAAGUCCUUGAAAGAUAAAGGACAACUGGGGUGUGAUCCAUCCCGUGUUUCUUCUGCCAGAAUAUGGGGCUAUAUUGGGCAUGAGAAAAGUCCUUCACAUGCUAUUAGCAUUCGAGCAAUAGAGACUGAGAAAUACAAAGUAAUAGACAAAGGCAAAGAUGAAAUCCUCGAGGAGAUUGAGGAAAGCAAGGCCUUCUUUCAGGUCUAUGAAGGUGCUGUGUAUAUGCAUCAAGGAAAAACCUAUCUUGUAAAGGACUUAGAUUUAUCCACGAAGAUUGCUUUAUGCCAAGAAGCCGACUUGAAGUAUUACACAAAGACACGUGAUUACACGGAUAUUCAUGUCAUUGGCGGUGAUCUUGCCUAUCCAGCAAAGGUGCCUCGGAUCCAGCUCCUGAAAACAACUGCCCAAGCACAAACUUGCAGAGUAACAACCACCUGGUUUGGCUUCUUUCGCAUUCAACGAGGAAGCAAUCAAAUCAUUGACGCAGUCGAACUUUCGCUUCCUAAAUAUUCAUAUCAAUCACAGGCAGUUUGGAUUCGAGUUCCCCAAUCAAUAAAAAUGGCAGUGGAAAUUCAAAAUCUCUCGUUUCGUGCCGGCCUGCAUGCAGCUUCCCAUGCACUUCUUAAUGCAGUACCUUUGUAUAUAAUGUGUAACUCCUCAGACUUGGGUUCGGAAUGUGCAAACCCACAUGAAACCCGCUACUUUCCUGAAAGAAUUCUAUUGUAUGACCAGCAUCCAGGAGGCAUCGGCAUUUCAGCCCAAGGCAUGACACUACGAUGCUUAUUGAUUCCAAUCUUGUGAUUGGUGCAGAAUAAUAGUUCAAGUGGAAUUAUAUAAUGCUUGGGCCAGAUGUUUGUAGUUUAUACAGUACCCAGGGGUUUCAUGGGCCAGGCAGGCCCGCUUCUGCCCUGUCUUCGGCUGAAAUACCAGGCCCGGGCCUAAAAUGAAAGCCUGCUUAUUUAUGGGGACAGGCUUAGUAUGUAUCAAUGAGCGUGGCAGCCUGGCCAGUCUUAGCCCAUUUAAGGUUUCAUGGGCAUUUUUGUCAAUAUUAUGCAUAUUGGGUACACUUAACGAACAAUUCAUAUCUAGCACAAAAGAUAGUGGCUGGAUUCAGGCCCAAGCUAUGCAUAAUCAUCACGAUCUGGGCUCGGGCCUGUUUGUUUUGGCCCAUUAUGGGCAUGGGCUGGGCUUGUGCCUGUGUUUUACUUUGCCAGGCUUGGAAAGACCUCAGCCCGGCCUGAACCCUGCCGGUGACAACCCUAAGUAUCGUCGAUGCUUUCAAUUUACAAAAGUGGGGUCCGUAGUUCAGUCAUCCAAAUCAUUAAUAUGAUUGGCUAGACGAUGAAUGGCUUUGCACCCUAAAUCUCAUGGAUGGAGGGAUCUAGCUCUUCAAUUGGUGUCCUGAUGAAUGGAUGGUUACGAAAGAAAAUACAAUGACUUUUCAUGUUUCAACCGGAAAAUGCCAACUAUUCUGUUCAUAAGACCUUAUCUGGGUGAUUUUUAGUGCAUGGGGCAUCCAGGUUGACACCCAUCAUCUCAACGGUUUGGAUCACUAAAAUGUGGGCCCCACUUGUGCAACCUGAAAGCGCAAACAUACUGUACUAAUUCUCGACUUCUUGGCCUAAGCAUUUUGUAAACCUUAAAGUUCAAGGAUUGCCACGUGUCAAUUUGUAGAGGACUCGUUUGUUGAAAAAAUUCCACUGUCGAGUGGUGUAUUAGGCUAACUAGUCAUGACAUUAUGGUAACUCAUCCACUAUAUACAAGGUUUGAAUUCAUGCCAAUCCAGACCGUCCGAGUUGCCAAUUCCGAUUGAGGAUUAUGCGUGGCCCAAAAAGCACAAUGAUUAGACGUGCCUCAUUAUUCAAUUGGUGAAUAUCAACUGGGAUGUUAGAAAGAAAGUGAUCAUCAUCAUCAUCAUCAUCGUAUAAGCCUUAUCCUAAUUAAUUGGGAUCGGCUACAUGAAUCCUCUUCUGCCAUUCCAUUCUAUCAAGGGCCAGACCUUUAGUUAGACCAUAUGUCAUCAACUCUUUUCUCACUGCCUCCAUCUACUUCCUCUUGGGCCUUCCCCUUGCCCUUUUAGAGCCUUCAACUUGUACCAAUUCACUCCUAACCGGUGUGGUUUUUGGUUUCCGUUGCACAUGACAAACCAUUUUUGUCUACUUUCCCUCAUCUUAUUACUUAUUGGUGCUAUUCCUAAGUUCCCUCAAAUGCAUUCAUUUCUAAUUCUAUUCUUCCUUGUCUUGCCAUUCGUCCAUCUCAACAUCCUCAUUUUAGUUGCACUCAUCCUAUAAACACGUUGUUUCUUAACUACCCAACAUUCUGUUCCAUAAAGCAUGGCUGGUCUUAUAGCUAUCUUAUAAAAUUUUCCUUUCAUUUUGAGCAAUCACAUAAACUCUAGAGGCACGUCUCCAUCUCUUCUACCCACCUUGAAUUCUAUGGGCAUUGUCCUUCUCAAUCUCCCAACUCAUGAAAUGUUUAUCCUCGGUAUCCAAAGUGGUCAUUUGGGGAAAUUUCUUGCUCAACAAUCUUAACUAAUUCAUCGUUUUCACUCCUAUUGUUACUAAAUUUGCAAUCCAUAAGCUUUGUUUUAGUCCAACUAGUUUUAAAUCCCUUAGAUUUUGAAUCAUCCCUCCAUAGAUCUAGCUUUAUGUUUAUGCUCUCCCUCGUCUUGUUAAUCAAAACUGUCAUCUGCAAACAACAUACAUCAUGGGAUCUCUUUCCACAAAUGCCUUGUUAACUCGUCCAUAACCAAUGCAAAAAGGUAUGGGCUGAAUGUGGACCCCUUGUGCAAGCCUACAAUAAUUGGGAACUCACUUCUCUCCAUUAGUGGUCCUCAGUCCUCACAUCUGUUACCGCUCCCUCAUACAUAUCCUUAAUCAUGUCAAUUUAUCCUCUUGAAACUCCUUUCUUUCCCCAACAUCCACCAGAUUAACUCUCUAGGGGCUUUAUCGUAUGCUUUCUCUAGAGAUCCUUCAACCUCUCCAUAUAUUUCGUAAUCAAUUGUUUUAAUAGGAAAAUAGCUUUAAUGGUAGACUUUGUAGGCAUGAAACUAAAUGGAUUUUCUGAUACAUUCGUUUCAUACCAUAAUCUUUGCUCAAUCACUCUCUCCUCAAGUUUUAUAGUAUGGCUCAUAAGCUUAAUCUUACAAUAGUUGUGCAACUGUGUAUGUCUCUUUUAUUCUUAUAAAUAGGUUCCAUGGUACUUUUCCUCCAUUCAUUUGGCAUUUUCUUUGAUUUGACAAUCUUGUUGAAUAACAAUGUCAACAAAAAUAACAUAAUAUCUUCCAUGCACUUUCAAGCCUCUAUCGGUAAGCCAUCUGGUCCGAGGCCCUUUCAUUGAUCCAAAUCCUAUGAAAGUAUCUAUGGUCUCCUACGUCAUUUGAGUUUAUAGUUCCUUCUAUUCAUAUGUUCUUAGAGUAGUGGUCAUUUAACAAGUUCUAAAAUAGCCUCCCACCAUUCAUUGAUUUCAUAGUCUUUUACUAAAAAGAAAGUGGUCAAAGGUGCAAAUUCAAAGUGCAAUACUGGAUGUCUCCAAUCGUCAUGACUCUCGGACUAGAUUGUCUAUAAUGGGGUUCUGGACUGUCUGGACCCUAGUUAGCAAAACAGCAUUUUAAACUCCGUAUUUUUGAAGGGAAAAAAAAAACAUAUAAUUGAUUAAACAUUUAGAACUCUGUAUAUUCAAUAAAAUGCAUUUUAUUCCAAAAAAAAAAAACUUUUGGGGGUGAAUUUAAAAAACAGAGAUUAGCGGUUGCCAACCAUUGAUGAAAUUGAGUAGAAGGUAUGUGGAUUACUUGGAAAGGAAGGAUUUGAGAGAGACAAAGCACCAUUUAACUAUCUAUAUACAUGUUGUUCAUACAUAAAGAAACUCUAGUUAUUUUAAAUUUAGUUUUCUAUUUUAACCUUAUUUGUAUAAUAUAUGGGACAUAUUAUGCACGUAUGCAGCCAUUUUCACUCCAUUUUUUUAGUCCAAGCCAUAUUAAACCCGAACUUUUCAUUCUCCAUAUUUUUGGCAUUUCCGUUUUGUGACCGAAUUUUUAAUGAUCAAGACUGAAUUAAACAUGUACAUUUCCUGCAUCAUUUUAUUUUUUGUCAUAUGCUGUUUUGCUAACUAUGGUUUGGAUUGGCAUGCAUGUAUGCCACAUAACGGUAGAUGAGUUGCCACACCUUAGUGAGUUGUGUCAAUGGACAUUGUUGUCUACCACAUGCUUUAGGGUCCAUUUGGUUGCACCAAAUAUCCUGAAAUUUCAUGAUUUUUGGUGCAACCAAAUGCACCCUUAGAUAUGUAUCUGAAUUGUGUAAUAGUAGAAGCCAGACCCAGUUUGUGUCCAGUACCAUAUGAUUAAUGGUAUCAAACUUGAAUGUGUCUAUCAUUCCCGAUUGGCCAUCUGAUAAGCCACCUCAUGAUUGAUCAAUUGUGAAAGUUUUAGCAAUUGGAAGUUCUAACCGUUGUCUUUAGACAAUCUUUUAGAUAAUUUAUUUGAGCCUUUCUUGACUGCCUAAAAAAUGGAUGAUGCAUUGGGUAUGCACUUCCAAUCGGAGCAUUUUUUGGUAUACGGCUCGGUUUGUCCAAGAAGUGACCUGCUAAUUGUAUGGUCUGGAUGCAUUGACAAGUGAACCAAUCAAAUGAAAUAUUUUUGAGUUCUGGUUUUU